AUGAAGGUAAGUGUACUAUCAGAAGAGCUUAUUAUACCAUCUUGUGCAACCCCUUCUAACCUCAACACCUACAGGCUCUCCUUCAUAGAUCAACAACUUCCUCCAUACUAUAUCCCACUCAUUCUUUACUACACUUAUCAUGAAUCUAGCACCAUAACACAAGCCACCAUGACCAUCAAGCUCAAAACUGCACUCUCUCAGACCUUGGCUCAUUUCUAUCCCUUGGCUGGAAGGCUGGUCAAGAACCAAAACACCAUAGAUUGCGCCGAUCAAGGGGUUUGGUUUUCGGUAGCCCGAGUCGAGUCCAGCCUACUGGACAUCAUCAAGUGCCCGAUGAUCGAAGAACUGAACCAACUUGUGUCUGUGGGGAUCGGAUCAUCGUAUACUGAAGAACAAUUAGCCAUCCAAGUCAACUUGUUUGAUUGUGGUGGCAUUGCAAUCGGUGUAUGCGUGUCUCAUAGAAUCGCAGACGCUUGUAGUUUCUCGUCGUUUGUAAGCCACUGGUUCGCGAAGGCCAAAGGAGAGAUUUCGUUGAACGGCCCGGUUCUUGACUCGGCGGCUUUGUUUCCUCCGAUGGAGUCACACGAAUACAGUCGAAACCCGAAGGAUCCAACGGGUCAAGCUCCGUUACAGAGUCUUGUAACGAAGAGAUUCGAGUUCAGUUCCUUGGCCAUAAACAAACUGAAACGCGAGGUGAUCAAGGACUCUAGCACCGUGGUGAACCCCACGAAAGUUGAGGUCGUGACCGCCUUGAUCUGGAAGUGCGGGACCGAGGCCUUAGACGAUUGUAAAGGCUCGGUGGCUUUUCAUGCCGUAAACUUCCGGAGAAAGAUGGAACCUCCAUUAGAAGACCAUCAGUUUGGCAAUAUAUUCCAGAUGGCUAGUGCAGUAACUAAUCAAACAGCCGAUAUGGCUGGUCUUGUGGCCGAACUGAGAGGCUCGUUUGGGAAGAUCGAUAGCGGGUAUUUGAAGAGCUUAACGGGCGAAAACGGGGUCGAGAUAGCGAAAGCAAACUUCAAACAGAUAGGGAAGGUUAUGAUUCAAGAGGGUGUAGGGGUUUUCAGGUUCAGCAGUUGGUGUAGAUUUUCAGUCAAUGAAGGUGAUUUUGGAUGGGGAAAGCCAGUUUGGAUAAGCAGUGCUGAUUUUAAUGAUGAAAACUGUAUCAUUCUUAUCGAUUCAAGAUUUGAUGAUGGAAUUGAAGCUUGGGUUGUGAUGGAUGAAGAACAUAUGAAGAAGUUUGAACAGAAUGCCGAGCUUCUAGCAAUCAUGGCUUCGUAAUUGCGGUUUUACGGAAUCAAUCGCUCUACAUUUUGAGACGGAGGAAAGAUCCGCGUACAUUUUACCCUCUAGAUUCUAUUAGCGCACGGGAUUUACUGGGUUUGUUUGGAGGUCUUGAGUUGAAUCC